AUGAUGGGAGGCAGGUGUUGGUGGCGAGACCAACGCGAGGUUUUUGGUGGCGCACGGGCGGCGCCGGUGUGCAAGAUUGACUUAUGUUGUCCUGCUUGUUCAGUUGAACGUUUGGGUUACUACCGGGCAAUGCUACCUACCAUGUACGCGCAAAUUCAAUAUCCUCUCACCGCCGGCUACAAUCGACAGAGCAACUUGGCCCUCCUCCUCUUCCACACCACGCACCACGCACCACGCCCCGUCCCAAUCCGCCCGCUCGACAGCCCUUCCGCAAAAAUGCUGAUCUGA